AAUGAAGUAUGGGACGUUUUAUCCAAGACCCGCCUCUCCCUACGUCGUUUCCGGCUUCUCCUAUUGGACGGGAGCAGCCUCUGUUAGUAUACACAGAGGGAAAGCUGCAGGUGAAUGUAUAGUGAGAGAGGGCUGAGCUCUGAUUGGACGGGGAGGUCUGUGAGACAUUCACACGAGGAACUACAGGUCCCAGCAUGUCACUCUGAGGAGCAGAACAUCAAGCAUUCUCUUCUGGAGCGCUUUGCGAAUAAGUGAAAAUGGCUUCCCAUUACUUGGACAUGUUCAUGGCAACAGACCCAGGGUCCAAAGUUGCAUUUCACUUCCAUAAAGGCUCAGUUUUGGAUUUUCUCAACCUCCAGACCAGUACGAUGUGUAAAUGGUUCAAAAGGUUUCCUGAAGUUAUCUUUAUCAUUCGAUCUCAAGACGCGCAGAAAAAAACUCUGUACACAUUUUUGGCAGAUGGCCCGUACGUACCCACAACAUGUCAGACAGAAAGAAUCCUUCAUAUAGCUGUGCCAAAGAAUGAGAGCCAUGAAGGCCUCACUGAUAUGUUUCGAGUUCUGAAAGAUUUCAACAAUAAUUGGCAAGACAUUCGCAUAUUUCUGGUGGACCACCAAUUUAAAGGAGCUGAUGCUAUACGUAAAGUAUUUCCAAGUGCUGAGGUUGUUCUCUCAGCCUAUCACAUCUGUAGACACUUCCAGCAAAGUAUCUAUCAGUCUCUAUCUAGCCAGACGGAACACUUGCUGAUCGACGCUUUGAAGAACACAAUGUGUUCCGCCACUAAGGAGAAUCUAAAAAACAUGCAUACGAUGUUAAACCAGUUUGUGAAGCCCAGUAUGUUGAUGCAGCUGAAAGCAGACUGGCUUUUGGAAGAUCGGAUUUGGGCCUUGCAUCGCUGGAAAAGCUCCACUCAAUGCUUUGAGUAUUUCCAGACUAUUGAAACUUUGAGCCACGCUUUCACGGAAAUCUUCAGAAACACGCGAGAUACGAAUGCCAUCCCAAAGCUUUUGGUUAAGUACAUCCAGGAAAAUGCUUUUCACACAGAUCUUGUAGAAAAGAGGACCUGCACCAGUCAGGAAAUCGCCAUAAUUGAUUGCAAAUUAGAGGAACCUGAAGAAGCCAACAGGGACCUUGAGAGAACUUCCUUGAUGGUUCAAGCUCUGCAGGACAUUCGCAACCCUUCAGCCUUAAGCCUUUGUCAAAAAGAACUUGAAGUUGCCCAGAAGUCAGUGAAAGUGAUAGGAACAAAUGAAGUAACAACCAAUGUUCAGCUUCUAGAGCACCCCAGUGAGGUCAGUUAUGGAACACCAGCGACUUGUUCCUGCAGCUUUAACCAAGUCUUAAAGCUUCCCUGUCGCCAUAUAUUGGCGGUUAUCACUGCCAGUGAGAAAGUGGUUCAGUCCGAUAUGAUACAAAGGCCCUGGCAGGCACAGGCAGGAGGGUCCGAUUCCAACCUUCCUGUAUCAUCUGACAUUCUGGAAGUCAUAAAGGGUGGAAGCACCGAUGUUCCCGAAAAAGAAUUGACUGUGGAAUCCCUAACCAACCAGCUCUCUGAAUUGCUGUCGGAGUGCAGCGAGGAUACAUUUCAGCAGCGCUACAAUACAUUGAGGGAGUUGGCAGAUGCGUGGAUUGGGCCUUAUGAACAAGUGAAACUUUAAAUAAAAAAAUAAAAUAACAAACAUGUUA